AUGGAAAACCAAACCAUAGAGAAUAUGUUGGUUCUCACUGGUCUGUCUGAUCUUCCGAGUCUUCAGCUUCCCCUGUUUCUGACGUUUCUCCUCAUCUAUCUUAUAACUCUGACUGGGAACCUUCUCAUCCUUCUCCUGAUCUUCACUGAUUCCCAUCUUCACACCCCCAUGUACUUCUUCCUUGGAACCCUGGCAUGUCUGGAUAUGGGUUACUCCUCAGUGACAGCCCCAAGAAUGCUCUUUGACUUACUCACUAAUAGAAGGCUCAUUUCUGUGCGAGACUGUAUAACUCAGAUCUACUUUUUCCUUUUUUUCAUUGCAUCAGAGGUUAUUGUGCUGGCAGUGAUGUCCUAUGACAGAUACAUUGCUAUCUGCCGCCCUCUUCACUACAUUCAAAUAAUGAACUGGAAAGCUUGUGUUCAGCUUGUAUUAAUCAUGUUGAUUUUUGAUGCAGCACAUUCCUUGGUUCACACUGUUUUUUUGAGUAAACUGAUGUUUUGUAGCUCAAAUACUUUGCAAAGUUUCUUUUGUGACAUUCCCCAGUUGCUUCAGGCCUCCUGUAGUGACAUUUUCAUCAAUGAAUUGCUAAUAUUUUUUUCUGAGAUAUUUUUUGGAGUUCUCAUUUUAGGGGCCACUAUUUACCCAUAUUACCCUAUAAUCACCACUGUACUGAAAAUUCAAUCAUCAAACAGGAGAUCCAAAGCUUUCUCCACCUGCUCCUCCCAUCUAACUGUGGUCUUUAUGUUUUACAGCAGUACUUUGUUCAAUUACUUGCGCCCAAAUGCAAAGUACCGUUUCACAGAUGACAAAGUGGCCUCUGUAUUGUAUGCUAUAUUAACCCCCUUUCUAAACCCUUUGAUCUACAGUCUGAGGAACAAGGAACUCAAAACAUCACUAAGUAAAACUUUACACAGAAAAUAA